AUGCCAAAUUGUCUCGGCGCCUGGAAAGCGUUGGAUCGUCAGCGCAAGCUGGCUCAAAUUAUGGUGAAUCCUCGACACUCUGCCACUUAUUAUCGAGGCCCUUCGCCAGCAGUUACUUACCAGAAGAAUGGACUGGUGCAGAUGGAUCCCACUCCAGAGCAUUUGCUGUCCAAGACCCAACACAACGCGUCGACGAAUCUCCUCUUGCUGCCUGCGGAGAUUCGUAACAUGAUCUUCAAAGAAGUUCUAGGCGGCUUCCAGAUAUCAUUGAACGUCCCCGGACUCGAUAUUUGGCAGAAUAGUGGUGAUGACUACAAGCCUGGAGAACUCCGAAAGCUCGCGUUUGUGCUGCCAUACGUAUGCCGCCAGAUCUAUACAGAGACCGCUCUAUUACCUUACGCACUCAACACGUUCGCCGUGAGCUGCCGUUCCCACCGCGAUGCCUUUGCAGGAAACCGCAACCAAGCCCAGCUAGAAGCCAUACAAACUAUCCAAGUUAAUAACCCCUUCCUUUUUGAUUCGGUCAACGGGACGGGGUUUGGAGGCUGCUCACGCACGCAAUCCAACGCGCUUACACGUCUUCUCGCACUGCCUGCAGAGAUUCGAGAAAUUAUCUACCAGUUUGCCCUCAUUAGCAACAAGGAGGUCACCGUCUACAAGGGACGCGUCAAGUUCGACCGCGGACUAGCCCCCCAUGCCCUCGCUUUACUGAGGACUUGUCGACAAAUCUACAUUGAAUCGCGUCUGGUAUUCUACUCCGGAAACAAUUUUAAGUUUCCCUACGACACCUUCCUCGACCGCUACUGGGCCGGGAAGUGCGCGCUCUCGCGCGAACAGUUGGAGAGGAUCCAGAGCGUUGUUCUCUACAAGUCAUGGAUUUACUUCUGGAACGGAAGACAGUGGGAAUUUCCCUGGACGGCGUGUAUGAGGACUUUUCCAAACUUGAAGAAGAUUGCGUUGCAGGGGGUUACUUUGACGUUCAUGUUAGAGCGUGAUGCUGUGGUGGGAGGGAGCACCACCUGGGUGGAGUACCUCGGGAUCCAGAAGGGUAUCAAGCUUGAGGUCAUCACCGAAGAUCAUUCAUAG